AUUCUAGCAAGUUUGUAUUCUGGAACCUUGUGUAUUUGGAACUACCAGACACAGACAAUAAUAAAAUCCUUCGAAGUGACCGAAUUGCCAGUUAGGUCGGCCAAGUUUAUUCCACGCAAGCAAUGGGUUGUGGCAGGAGCGGAUGAUAUGUACAUCCGUGUAUACAAUUACAACACUAUGGACAAGGUUAAAGUCUUUGAGGCUCAUUCGGAUUACAUUAGGUGUGUAGCUGUCCAUCCGACCCUUCCAUAUGUGCUGUCAUCUUCUGAUGAUAUGCUCAUAAAGCUCUGGGACUGGGAAAAUGGUUGGGCUUGUACUCAGAUAUUUGAGGGACAUUCGCACUAUGUGAUGCAAGUGGUAUUCAAUCCAAAAGACACCAACACUUUUGCCAGUGCAUCGCUUGACCGUACCAUAAAGAUAUGGAAUCUUGGUUCCCCAGACCCAAAUUUUACACUGGACGCUCAUCAGAAAGGAGUCAACUGCGUAGAUUAUUUCACAGGGGGUGAUAAGCCCUAUUUGAUUACUGGCUCUGAUGAUCAUACUGCUAAGGUAUGGGACUAUCAAACCAAAAGUUGUGUCCAGACACUAGAAGGGCACACACACAAUGUAUCUGCCGUAUGUUUCCAUCCGGAGCUUCCAAUAAUACUCACAGGUUCUGAGGAUGGCACUGUUCGCAUUUGGCACGCCACGACUUACAGGCUAGAGAACACAUUGAAUUAUGGUCUCGAGAGAGUUUGGGCCAUUGGUUACAUAAAAAGUUCGCGCCGGGUUGUGAUUGGAUAUGAUGAAGGAACCAUCAUGGUUAAACUUGGACGAGAAAUUCCUGUCGCUAGCAUGGACAGUAGCGGAAAAAUUAUAUGGGCUAAGCAUAACGAAAUUCAAACUGCGAACAUCAAAAGUAUUGGUGCAGGUUACGAGGUUACUGAUGGAGAAAGACUUCCGUUGGCUGUUAAAGAGCUGGGGACCUGUGAUCUAUAUCCACAAAGCUUGAAGCACAACCCUAACGGGAGGUUUGUCGUAGUCUGCGGUGAUGGAGAGUACAUAAUCUACACAGCUUUGGCUUGGAGAAAUAGAUCUUUCGGUUCUGGACUGGAGUUUGUUUGGUCAUCCGAGGGGGAAUGUGCAGUUAGAGAAAGCUCAUCAAAGAUAAAGAUAUUCAGUAAAAAUUUCCAGGAAAGAAAGAGUAUCCGGCCUACUUUCUCAGCUGAGAAGAUUUUUGGAGGAACCUUGUUAGCAAUGUGUUCAAAUGAUUUCAUCUGCUUUUAUGAUUGGGCUGAAUGUAGGCUGAUUCAACAAAUUGAUGUCACAGUAAAGAAUCUUUAUUGGGCUGAGAGUGGUGAUUUAGUAGCCAUUGCUAGUGAUACGUCAUUCUACAUCUUGAAGUACAAUCGAGACUUGGUUUCCUCGCAUUUUGAUAGUGGAAGACCAACUGAUGAAGAAGGUGUUGAGGAUGCUUUUGAGGUUCUCCAUGAGAACGAUGAACGUGUUAGGACAGGUAUAUGGGUUGGGGACUGCUUCAUAUACAACAACUCUUCCUGGAAGCUUAACUAUUGUGUUGGAGGCGAGGUAACGACAAUGUAUCAUUUGGACCGUCCAAUGUAUUUGUUAGGCUAUAUUGCCAAUCAAAGCCGGGUUUACUUGGUGGACAAAGAAUUCAAUGUCAUAGGAUAUACCCUGCUGCUUAGCCUAAUUGAAUACAAGACUCUUGUGAUGCGAGGUGAUUUGGAUAGAGCCAAUGAAAUUUUACCAACAAUUCCUAAAGAGCAGCAUAACAACGUUGCUCAUUUCUUGGAGUCUCGGGGAAUGAUUGAAGAUGCUUUAGAAAUUGCGACAGAUCCUGACUACAGAUUUGAGCUGGCCAUACAGUUGGGCAGACUUGAAAUUGCGAAGGAAAUUGCUGAAGAAGUGCAGAGCGAAUCUAAAUGGAAGCAGUUAGGAGAAUUAGCCAUGUCCUCUGGGAAGCUGCAAUUGGCCGAAGAUUGCAUGAACUACGCUAUGGAUUUGAGUGGUUUGUUACUACUAUAUUCUUCGUUGGGAGAUGCUGAAGGGGUGUCAAAACUUGCAUCCCUUGCUAAGGAGCAGGGAAAGACCAAUGUCGCCUUUCUUUGCUUAUUCAAGUUGGGUAGAUUGGAAGAUUGUCUGCAGUUAUUGGUGGAGAGCAAUCGGAUACCAGAAGCUGCUUUUAUGGCACGUUCUUAUCUUCCAAGCAAAGUUUCAGAGAUAGUAGCUCUUUGGAGGGAAGAUCUCAGCAAGGUUAGUUCAAAAGCAGCAGAAUCUUUGGCUGAUCCUGAAGAGUACUCAAAUCUUUUUGAGGAUUGGCAAGUUGCUCUUUCUAUUGAAGCGAAUGCUGUAGAGUCGAGGGGAGUUUAUACUGCUGCGGAGAAUUAUCCAACCCACGCCGAUAAAUCCUCCAUUACCCUCGUGGAAGCCUUCAGAAACCUGAAAGUUGAAGCAGAAGAAUCACUUGAAAAUGGAGACAUGGAUCACGAGGUAGCAGAAGAAAACGGCCAUGAAGAGAAUGAAGAAGGUGGAGAGGAACAACAUGAAGGAGAAGAAGAAGUGAAUCAAGAAGAGGGAGUUGUUGAUGCAGACUCAACGGAUGGUGGUGCUGUACUUGUUAACGGAAGUGAGGGUGAGGAAGAGUGGGGUACGGAUAACAAAGGAAACUCAUCAGCCUAA